AUGCGUCUCUUGCACGCUAGGCAGCGGAAGAUGUUCGAGUUCAGUCAUAACUACCCGCCGUACGCGAUUUUGUCACAUACAUGGGGUUUGAACGAAAUCACUUUCGAAUCUUUCACCAAUUGUACCUACGAUCGGGACAGCAAUUCGUACCGCAAGAUCGACGGAUGCUGCCGUCAGGCCCUGGACGAUGAAUUAGAGUACGUAUGGAUCGACACGUGCUGCAUCGACAAGCGAAAUAUCGUCGAGCUUUCUGAAGCAGUCAACUCCAUGUUUCGUUGGUACCGCCAGUCUCAGGUGUGCUACGCCUUCCUUUCUGACGUGAGCGGCGAGGGUCUGGAUACCGAAGAGGAAAGGACAGCGCUCUGCAACAGCCGAUGGUUCACCCGAGGCUGGACUCUGCAGGAGCUGCUGGCACCGAGCGAAGUCGUCCUCUACAACAGAUGCUGGGUCCCACUGUCAAGCAAGCACGACCUGGCAGAUCUCCUAAGUGAUAUUACCAACAUCCCCGUUGAAUACCUGACGGCCACAGUCCCGCUGUACCACGCCAGCGUAGCUCAGCGCAUGUCGUGGGCAGCACAUCGCGAGACGACCCGUGAGGAAGAUGUGGCAUACUGCUUGCUCGGUAUUUUCGGUAUCAACAUGGCACUGCUCUACGGCGAAGGUAGCAGCGCCUUCCUCCGACUUCAAGAAGAGAUUCUGAGACAGACUGACGACCAAUCUCUAUUGGCGUGGGGUUAUGGUUUAGGUCCCGACAGUCACUACGAGAAGUGGAAUCAAGAUAAUAGAGCCGACUGGCGUUCCCGGCCAGUAGCUCCAAGGAAGAACCUUGAGCCCUUGGGUAUGCUUGCGAAGCAUCCGUUGGCUUUUGCGGGUUGCGGACACCUGGUCCGUUCUUCGCGCAUACACAGCCAAUUUUAUGCAGCAAGCUUAUCCAUACCGCCCUCUGUUUUCCCUCUCAGGGAGAGCACGCCGUGGAUGUCGAUAGCUUGGUUGAAAGAUUGGCUUGUUCCCAGCUACACGGGUUCGCCCAUGGAAAUGACUAGCCGUGGUCUCCGCUUCGAACUGCCUUUAAUACAAUAUGCCGGCCAACACAAUAUCAAAGGCGUAUACGGUUUGCUGAGUUGUCGAUUGGAAGACGAUACUGCUCGACUCAUUGGAAUCCCCCUCGUAUCGUGCGGCAACGACUAUGCUCGCGUCCAGUGCUAUGAUGUUGCCCGAAUACCAUCUAAUCCCCAAGCCGCCUAUGUUCGACCUAUUCCGAUAUCUCAAAAACUGCUUUUUCUUGCGAGGUGGCAAAUUUGUCAUCUCUUGCGUGAUCAAGAGAUCGUUGUCUUCGAGCAGAUGCGAUUGGAACAUCAAAGACCGUCAUUUGCGAUCGAGAUGGAUGAGAACAUUUCCUUCGACGCGGUCCGCGUCACGCCAUCCAACCUAUGGAUGUACCGGGAAGGGCAUGUCCAGCUAACGAGGGAGGGAGCCCGUUCCUGGGACACCGGGAGUGACUGGCUGGAAUCGGGGGUUAGUCUGUGCUGCCACUUCCGUUGGAAGGGGACACCUGAUGCCCGGCCCCCGGACAAACUUAACAUCAUUAUUUACUAUCUCAGACCACGGAAGCCAGAGCGUCCACCUUACUUCAACGUCAUGAUUACGCAGAACGGAGAGGUAGAAUCACGAAAAGAUUUCCUCCUCUCUGGUAUCCUCGUGCACAUUUCAAGAAGGAUCAGACUGACUCCAAAAGGCGAGGUCUAUGUCGUGCGCCUAAGCUUGGGCGAGGGAAAAUCGGAACUAUAUCAAAUCUAUCAAGAUAUAGGGGAGACACUGUGCGACCUCUGGCAUCUAUUUCAAACCAACGGUGCCCACAGCGGGAUGACAGUCUUGAACCUCUGGCAGCGGCCAAAUUUUGGUCUUCUUGCCUUGCCUAUAGCGCUGGUACUCUACUCUGCCGCGUUUCUAAUCGUCCUUCUAACGAUUAUACUGGGUUCGUAG